CAGUAUGACAUCAAAUGAUUAAAAUACUGAGUUUUAGAAAACACAUACAUCAUAUUGCAGCGAACACCAUGGCUCGGAUUGUUGAUAUUUGCUCAAAUGAGCUAGGGCAGUUGGUGUCCAUGGCAACAGGAAGUCUUAAGUCUGGUAAAGUGAUAGCUGUACCUACUGACACAAUUUAUGGAAUAGCCGCUCUUGUACAGAACAGUGAAGCAGUGGACCGAAUGUACAACAUUAAAAACCGGGACUACAGUAAACCAUUGGCUAUCAGUGUAGCUGAAAUAAAUGACAUCUAUAGAUGGGGUAAGGUGACAGUGAGCAGUGAUUUACUAUCUGAGUUACUACCUGGACCAGUGACUGUGGUGUUUGAGAGGACCAAGGAUUUAAAUCCAGAACUAAAUCCAGGGACUUUGCUUGUUGGAAUCCGAAUUCCAGAUCAUAAAUUUGUGCGGGAGAUUUCAAGGUCAUGUCAAGGCCCUAUUGCCUUAACGAGUGCAAACUUCAGCUCAACUCAAAGUACAUUGAAUAUUCAGGAGUUUAAGAACCUGUGGCCCCAGCUAGACAUUGUAUUUGAUGGGGGAGAACUUGGCGAUACAUUCCAUUCCAGGGCAGGAUCCACAGUGGUGGAUCUCUCUGUUCAGGGCACGUACAAAAUCAUCAGGGAGGGAAGUGCAAUAAAACCUACUUUGGCAGCACUCCAUGCUCAUCAUCUACAAGACAGAGAGAAAAGAUAGCAAGACCAGGACAGCUCAUAAUAUUAUAUUCAUAUAUACAUAUCUUAUACAAGGUUAAAGAUCUAGCUUGAACAUAGCUACAAUGUGAUACCUAUUCUUUUUAAAUUAGUAUUUUAUGUUUUAAUUUAAUGAAUGCGAAAGGAACAAGAAAAAAAGUGAAUGGGAGCUAUUUUUUAUGAAAGAAAUAUGGAUAGAAAUAUUAGAGAAAUGUUAAAAUUUAGUAUACAGAAAGUUCUAGCUUGAACAUAGCAACAAUGAGAUACCUAUUCUUUUUAAAUUGCUAUUUUAUGUUUUAAUUGAAUAAAAAACAAAAGAGGAUAUAAAUAAUAAACAUUUAUAAAGUUGAAACUAGUUUAGAAAUACAGUGCACAUGCAUCCUUAUAUUUAUUGAAUGGAUUUACAGGUGUGAAACAGGGGUAAUA